CCUCCAUGGUUUCUCCUCCUCGCUCUUGUGAGUAACUUGGCGUUUGGUCUCAGCAGUUUCCACACGUUUCCUAAACAGAGAGCGCUCAGAUCCUCUCCCUCCAUUAAGGACACCUCGAGCUGCUCUUUUUGCAAGCGGAGCCCAGUGCAGCCUCACGCCCCCUCCCUUCCAAACUUUUAUUUCUCAGCUAGAUCACCUAGAAAAACAGAGCCAGGACGGGGGGAGAGCCAUAGAUCGCCCAGAUCUAUAGACCGAGAGCGGGGGGACGCACGACUGAUAGCAGAAGAUGGACAUGGAGAAAAGAAUUCACCUGGAGCUGAGGAACAGAACGCCGUCUGAUGUACGAGAACUGGUUCUGGAUAACUGCAGAGCACGUGAAGGCAAAAUCGAGGGUCUAACAGCAGAAUUUGUGAAUCUGGAGUUUCUCAGCUUAAUAAAUGUCAUGUUGAUGUCUGUGUCAAAUCUUCCAAAGCUACCCAAAUUAAAAAAGCUUGAACUGAGUGACAACAGAAUUUCCGGAGGUCUGGAUGUACUAGCAGAGAAACUGCCCAACCUCACACAUCUAAAUCUCAGUGGAAAUAAAUUAAAAGACAUUAGUACCUUGGAACCUCUGAAAAAGUUGGAGCAUUUGAAGAGUCUUGACCUGUUCAACUGUGAAGUAACAAAUCUUAACGACUAUAGAGAAAGUGUAUUCAAGCUCCUCCCUCAGCUGACCUAUCUGGAUGGUUAUGACAGAGAUGACAAGGAAGCCCCAGACUCGGAUGCAGAGGCUGAUGGGGAUGGUGUCGAUGAAGAGGAAGAAGAUGAAGAAGGAGAAGAGGAGGAAGAAGAUGAAGAAGAAGAGGGGGAAGAGGAAGAGGAUAUAGAUGAGGAAGAUGAUGAUGAUGAAGAGGAGGUUGGGGAAGAGGAUGAUGAAGAUGAUGGAAGUGGAGAUGAGGAGGAAGAAGAUUUUGGACACGAUGGAGAAGUAGAUGAAGAAGAGGAUGACGAUGAAGAGGAAGAUGAAGAAGAAGAAGAAACUGGAAAAGGAGAGAAGAGGAAGAGAGAAACAGAUGACGAAGGCGAUGAAGAGGAUGAUUAAAGUGAUAAAACAGAAAUGAAAAAGGACCUUAUUGGAUUAUACAGUAUUGGUUGAACUGGCCCCAUCCAUGGAUUACUGAAAAGCAGGCUGCAAAUGAAUUGUAACAAUUAAAACAAGCCCUAUCCCUGAACACCCAAAAAGAGCCAAAGAGUCGUUACUGUGACAUUCCUACACAGCCAAUAAACCCUACUGGAAGCUUAUUACAUCAUGGUUUAUAAUUAAGUCUCAAAAAGGCAAAAAAAAACAACCAUAUAUAUACAAAAUUAAACAUAUAUUUGUGUGUUAUACAUUGUAUGUGCGUGUGUAUAUAUAUAUAUAUAUAUAUAUAUAUAUAUAUACACAUACUGUUAAGUAUAUACACACAUCUAUAUAAAUAUUUCAGCGAAAUAAACUGGGUCAAUGCUUUUACUAUUAUGUUGGGGUUCUUAAGGGUUGAUGAAAUAGAACAGUGAGGGUCUGAUUUGGUGAGUCAUGAUUGUCAAUGGCUACCUAUUAAAUAAAUAGAUGUUGGAGCACCAUUUUUACUUUCUGUACAACAACAAAAAGAGGGAAAAAAAACUUUGUAAAUAAAAUCUUAACAUUUUUGGGUCUGUUUUUCAUGCUUUGUUUUUUUUGUUUUUUUUUUCUUUCCUAACAGUUCAAUAUUUUUUUACAGUAGGAUGUUUUUGCGACAACUACAGAUGAACUAUUUUUAAGAACAUGAGUGAAAUAAACAUGUUACUAUUUGGUAAACCCUAGUUGUAUGUUUACAUUUCUGAAUGAGAAGUAAAUUACUCUUAAUCA